AUGGAAGACGAGCCCGCGCCCUACAGCCCACAACUUCGGGCGGUUCUUCAGGACCUUGAUCGAGAGGUUCGACAGUUUGACCUCCGCUUACUGGAAGCGGGCCUAACAGACGACGUCAGAGGUCUGUGCGAUAGGCUGUACGAUCUGGAAGCCGAAAGUGCAGCCCAGAGAGCGGAAAUAUCCCGCUUGCACGGUCGAGUUCCCCGCUUGGAGGACCAGGUUCAUCAGGGCCGCGGCUGGCUCCUCCACUUGCCUGAUAGGACCACGGCUUUGGAGGAAGCCACUCAAAAGCUGGCCAUCAAGGUCAGGUCACUGGUGACUCUGCUUCGGGAGACACUUUCGGAGACAGUGGCGACUCUGAGGAUUCUAAUUCUGCGCUCCCUGCCUCAGCGCCCUUGGAUGUUGCUGAAUCAGAUGCAGAAGCUGCGUUCGAGCCUAGUUCCUCCAGCGGAGCUCUAUCCUGGCAGCUUAUAUCGCAAGGAGAUCAGGUGGGCUACAGCGGGCGACAACCCACAGUUGCUCGGCUCCGCCCUGGCCCCGAUUUCCCCAAGAUUGCAUUCUCCUGCUUUGCGGGCAGCGGCUGACGGCGUGCUCACCAGCAAGGAUAACCACAAGGCAUGCGACGAGCGAAACAAGGUUCUUUUUGACCAGCUUUGCAGAUCGCAUGGUGCCUACAGUGAGGUGCUUCAACAGCUUGCAAGCAGUCGAGAGGGUGCCGUGAUCCAGUCCCGCCUGCUUAGCAAGGUCAGCGACACCACGGCCGCCCGCUACCUUCGCUCAGUGCAGUUGUUCUUUUGUGCCUUUGAGGAGCUUGGUGGCAACAUGGACGCGAUCGACCAAAGCCUCUUUCUUGACGCCUUUUUCGCUUUGUCUCGAGGCUCUGAGUCUGGCCCACUUUCCAACAGCAUCAACGUGCUGAAGGCGCUGCGUUGGUAUAAGAAGCUGUUGGCUAUCUCUUGCUUGCCAGACCUGUACGGCACCGCUUUCAGUUUGCUUUCCAGCCCGGCAAACCUGGCAGACAGGAUCUGGGCGGGCUCCUUCUUGGUCGCUAUCGGUGCCAGCCUCCGCUUUGCUGAUGCACAACAUGUUCGCUGGAGUACGCUCUGCAUCAGCAACUUUACUCUGCGAGGCAUAUGCUACAGAACCAAGACUACUAAGGGCGGCUGCCCUUGGGGCCUACUCAGCUUUGGUGCCUUUUCCUCAGCGGAGGCGUGGGGGAUGACAUGGCUUCCCCACUGGCUAGGAGCUUUAGAUACUGUCUGGGCCGAUAUCAGAUCCCGCUUUGGCCCUCAGCCUGAGCCGGACUGCUUAUUCUUCUUGUGGAUUGAGUCUGGAUUUGCGCCGGCAUCUUACUCGCAAGCUCUGCAGAAGCUUCGCUACAUGCUUACACUUUCUGGCAUAGCUCCGGCUGCCCAGUACACGCUUCAUAGCCUCAAGACAACUUUUCUGUCCUGGAUGAGCCAACUAUCUAUCCCGCUUGCCUCCCGCUUUCAACAGGGGCACCACAAGGCGCCGGGUUCGGCCCAACUGUAUUCCCGUGACGACGUCUGGCCCGCUUUGCGCGCACAGUGGCUGCUUUGGCGUUCUAUACACGCCGGGUUCCGUCCGGCCAGACCACAGCACAGGGUCGGCCAGUCCCCGCUCGUCGAACCACUCGUGGAGACCUCAGGCUUUCAGUGGGAGGAAUACUGCCUGGACCUUUCCUGCUUUGUGCUGGGCAACGGCUGUCAGUCCUUCUUGGCGCUUGAACACCAGGAUAGUGACCUACGGGAAGCACGCGAAUCCAGCUCGGUGAUCACAAGUUUGGGGGGCCAAGCUUCCCUCUUGUGUGCACGCCCGGCCGCAGGUGGACCACUUUGA